AUGGCUUGCGCUACAUUAUUUGAACCUAUAGCCAUAAUUGGGAUAUCUUGUGAAUUCGCUGGUGGUAUCCAUAUGCCCAUUGAUUUGUGGCAGGCACUUGAGGAAAGUCGUGAUCUAGGCAGUGAAAUACCUGUUGAACGAACCGAUCUCUUGUCGUAUUGUGCUGAUACGCUCAAUCGGGAUAAUGGUGAAUUCAAACGAAAACUCAUACGUCGUGGUUAUUUUUUGCCAACAUCAGUGCUUGACACCUUUGAUGCAGGUUAUUUCAAUCUCUCAGAUGGAGAAGCAGUUACGAUUGAUCCGUGUCAUCGUCUUCUCAUGAUGAAAUUCGUUCAUUUGAUUGAAGAUGCUGGCUAUACUUUAGAAAAAAUACGCGGAUCACGUACUUCGGUACAUAUUGGUCAAUUCUCAAAUGAUCAUGCAUUGGGAUCACUUCGGCUUAAACCAGAACAUCGAACACGAUUUCUCGGUCCACACAUACUGCUUUACAAUGCAUCAGCUCGAUUGUCAUACCAUUUUGAUCUACAUGGGCCUAAUGUAUCUCUGGAUACUGCUUGUUCAUCAGGACUUCAGGCCGUUCAUCUCGGUGUACAAGCAUUGCGUACAGAUGAAGCAGACAUGGCCGUUUGUGGUGGUGUUAAUGCCAUUUUCACACCUGAGCAUCUGCUCAAUUUUUCAACUGUCGGUGCUGUUGCUGUUGAUGGACGAAGUCAAUCAUUUAGUAUCGACGCCAAUGGUUACGCGAAAGGCGAGGGCCUAGGUAUGGUUCUUCUCAAACGAUUAAGUGAUGCUGAACGAGAUGAUGAUAGAAUUUACUGUAUACUACACGAUGUUUUGAGCAAUCAUGAUGGUUCUGAAGGUAAAAGCGGUUAUAUGGUACCAGCGACCGCCGGACAAGCACGUCUCCUAGGCGAAAUUUAUGCUAGAACACAUUACGAUCGAAAUCGUAUUUUCUACGUUGAAGCGCAUGGAACAGGAACACAAGUGGGUGAUCCAACAGAAGCUAAUACUAUCGGUGAAUUCUUUCAACGGUCGCCUUUCGAUCCUCCAUUAUUAAUUGGAUCCGUUAAGAGCAAUAUCGGGCAUACAGAAGGAGUAGCUGGUAUCGCGUCUCUUAUUAAAACGGUCAUGUGUAUGAAACAUAGGACGAUUCCACCAAAUAUGCAUUUCAAAGCUUAUAAUCCAAAAAUUGAAGCAGAUCGGUUCAACUUGCAUGUGGUCCAGACAAUGACUGCAUUUCCUCCAAUCAAUAAAGACGGUGAAAAAGAACAUCCAGUAGCUAUCGGUAUUAGCUCAUUCGGUAUUGGAGGCAGUAAUGCUCAUGCUAUCGUUGAAGAGUAUCAUCCAAAAGAGAGAUCGAUCAAUACAAAUGGUCAUGUUGAAGGAGGACUGUUACAGCAACAUGGUCUUUUUAUCUUUUCGACAAAGAAUGGUGAUUCACUUUACAAACAAGUAGUAUCAUUCAACGAAUGGUUAAAACAAAUAGAACCUCAAGAUGAUGAACGUUCUUUUCUUGCACGUAUCUCUCAACAAUUACUGCUCAAACGCACUAUUAGUCACGAGCACUUGGCCAUUUUUGUUUCAGCCAAUCGUGCUCAAUUGCAACAACAGCUUGAUCUUUUUCUUCAAAAACAAUCAACACCAGGACUAUUAGUCACUAAACGUAUUUUGUCAAAUUACCCUCGCAUAUGUUUUGUUUUUAGUGGUCAAGGUCCUCAAUGGUGGGCCAUGGGUCGAGAACUCUACUCAUCUGAACCUAUUUUUCGUCAAUGGAUCCAACGAAUCAAUGAAGAACUCAUAAAAAUCAAUGGUGGAGAAUUCAAUUUACUGAGCGAAAUGAUUGAAAAGACUGAGAAAGAAUCACGUGUUAAUGACACUAACAUCGCACAACCGGCCUUAUUUGCUAUUCAAGUGGCACUUGCAGCACUUCUUGUUUCGUGGCAGAUCUCUCCUAGUGCAAUCGUAUCUCAUAGUGCAGGAGAACAAGCAGCCGCUUUUAUCUCUGGACGAGUUUCAUUGAAUGAAGCAGUUCGUAUUGUUUAUAAUCGAUCGCGUCUUCAACAUCGAAAUACUCGUCAAGGUGGCCGAAUGUUGGCUGUUGCUAUGAAUGAACAAGAGGUACGAGAUUCAUUGCUCAAAGGAAUCGAACACCUGGUGUGUAUUGCCGGUGUCAAUAGUCCACGUUCCGUGACACUUAGUGGUGAUGAAAAAACUAUCGAUGAAAUCGAAGGCAUUCUUACAACAUUGUAUCCGACAGUGUUCAAAGCUCGAUUACGUAUCGAGAACGCAUUUCAUUCUCAUCAGAUGGAUCGCUUUGGCAUUAGAGAAGAGAUACUUUCAACACUUGAGGACAUUCGAGGUCUUCCUCUUGAGAAUAAACAAGAAAUGUUUGAUGUUCGUUGUGCACUAGUUCCACUUUAUUCACCUGUUACUGGAGGUCGAAUAGACGAUAAAACACCGCUUGAUGCUCGUCAUUGUUGGUCAAACAUUCGCCAAUGUGUUCGAUUUGGUGAUGCUAUUCAAGCAAUUAUUCAAGAUGGAGUCGUCGAUGCUUUUCUCGAAUUAUCACCUCAUCCUGCUUUGGCCACAUCAAUACAUGAAUGCUGCGAGAAGAUAUCCACCACUCAACCAGUCAUUUUGCCUACUCUUAAACGAAAGGAGGACGAACAGAAAACACUAUUGACAAGUAUUGCACAACUCUCAUAUUCGCUCGAUGUCUGGAAACAUUUUCUUGCAUCUCGAUGUGUUCAACCAAGUAAAGAUCUGGAACAUUUAUUUGACAAUUUUCCAUUAUAUGCAUUCAACUUAACUCCUUGUUGGUAUGAAUCAAAAGAAUCUGCAAUAGAGCGUCUCGCAUAUCGUCUACCUCUCCAUCCACUACUGGGUGUUCGUCAGUGGACUCAACACACAUCGGCAAUAUGGAAAAGUUUGAUCAAUCUCAAUCUACCUGAACAUGCCUAUUUAUCUCAGCACAAAAUGCAGGAUGCCAUUCUUCUUCCAGCUGCUGGAUUUCUUGAGAUGGCACUAGCCGCUUGUCGUCAGCUCUUGCCAGUAGCUAAUAAUGACGAGACGCUACCACCGAUCGCUUUUGAGCAGGUUGAAUUUAUCAAAGCUCUUGUUCUUACCGAACAUGAAUUGACUGAAGUUAUCACACAAAUUGUGAUGCCAAUGCGUGAAUGGUUGAUUUACAGUCGACCAUGGUCGGCAGCUGGGCAAGAUUGUCGACGAUCUUCUGGUAUGGCUUGCAAUGAUUUUAUUGAUUCUUUCGUUGAUCUUCAAACAUUGAAUGCAUAUUCUCUGCGUCAAUUUACUCUGCAUGCACGAGGUUGCAUUGAUAUUGGUCCUCAUUUGAACAUUCAUGCCUCGUCAGCCUAUCGAUUCAGUAAAGAAGAUACAGCAAAUUGGUAUGAUCUGAAUGUUCCUAAUCUCUAUUCCCAUUUAUCCACAAGAGGAUAUCAAUAUGGUCCAAACUUUAGAAUAACAACUUCAAUCAAAACCACAAAUUCAGAAGUAACUGGCCGAGUUACUCCAACUAAUAAUGAACAAAACGAUGUACACGAAUCUCAUGAUAUCAUCUUUGUGGCCAGUGUACUCCAAAUAACAAAUGAUAUUAAUCAUUCACUUAAUUCACUUCGUCGUCUUUUGGUGCCAGGUGGUCUUCUUCUCGUCAUUGAAUUAACAUUAGCUCAUUCCUACUUCGAUCUUAUAUUUGGUUUAUUUCCUUAUUGGUGGCGUGAUGGUCAUAGUCGUGCUCCACUGACUAUUGAUCAAUGGAGACAAGCAUUCGAGUCAAUAGGUGGAUUUGAACCGAUGGUAGUAUCAGCAAAGACGAAUGCAUUUGGAGAUUCACUCAUGAUUGUGCGAAAAUCAACAGCAAGAUCCAUUCUCAUUCGCCUUUCCGAAUGGCAGGAUCAAGCUUGGCUCUUAUUUGCUGACCGUGCACACAAUCUGUCACAUGCACUUGUACCCCAUUUACCAAGUUCUAACAUUGAAAUUCUACUAGACACUGUUACUAUUGAUCAUAUUUCUUCAACGAUUGAUAUCAUGUUGAAACAACAUAAACAAUUGCAUAUCGUAUUUGCGUGGCCACUCGGCAUAUUGCAACUUGAUCGGAAUAACAAUGAAACAACAUUCGAAUCGCAUGUAGAGCAUUUAUGUUACAAAUUUGUUUACAUUCUGCAAUCUGUUCAAAAAUAUCAUCGACAGAAUAAUUCAUUUCCAUACGUUUUUAUUCUUACACAAAACUCUCAGCCAAUGCAUGGAAAGAGUGAAUUCAAUCCUACAAUAGCACCACUCAUUGGACUUGCACGUAGUUUAAGCGUCGAAUGUCCACGUCAUCAUAUUAAACUCAUUGACUUACAACCAACAGCAGACAUAUUUGCAGAGUCAUCCUAUUCCGAUAUUCUCAUAGAGCAUAUGCUCCACUCACGGGAAGCCAAUAAUCUUGAUGAAGUCGUUCUUUCUCUUGAGGCAGACAGUCGUAUUCAAUGCUUUCAGUGGCAUUAUGAUUGGUUGCAAUCGAAAGAACAGCAGGAAUUAUCAUCAAAAUUGGAAAGAACAAUCGUACCUAAAAACGACGCUGACAAGGUUCCAUUUCGGCUUCAAGUUGCACCAUCGCGUUUUGUAGCUGACCUUGCUUGGAUGAGAGAUCCAAUACCAAUCAACAAUCUAUUACCUGGUCAAAUCCAAGUUCGUAUUCACUGCACUAGUCUUAAUUUCAGAGAUGUCUUGAAAAUACGUGGUCUGUACCCUCAUACACGAGUAUUUGGUCAACGAGAUUGUGACGAACCUUUGGUCGAUCGUGAUACUACUCCUGGAACUGAUUUUAUGGGUACUAUCAUUCUUUCCCAUUCUAAGAAUCUGAAGAUUGGAGAUCGUGUCAUUGGCCUUUGUCCGUCAGGUACUUUCCAUUCCCAUAUUAUUCUCGAUACCUCAGUUGUUUCACGUGUGCCCGACGAAUGUUUGAUGUCAGACGAACAAUUGGCUGCUCUGCCUACUGCAUUUUUAACAGCACUCCUCUCCUUAAAACAUCGUAUUAGACUUAAGCAUGGCCAGACCGUUCUUAUUCACGCUGCGACGGGUGCCACUGGUCAAGCUUGCAUUCAGUAUUGCCAAGCAGUUGGUGCUCGAGUUAUUGCUACUGCAGGUAGUGAUGCCAAGCGAUGUUUUCUACGAAAGCACUAUGGAAUUAAACAUGUAUUCAACAGUCGUGAUUUGUCGUUUGUCACUGAGAUACAUUCUCGUUUUCCAAAUGGUGUUAAUGUCAUUGUUAAUUCUCUUUCAGGUCCACUUCUUCAAGAAUCAUUCAAACUACUUGCUUCCCAUGGUCAUUUUAUUGAACUUGGCAAACGAGACGUAUAUGCAAGGACUAGUCUACCAAUUUUUGAUUUGCGGCAAGAUUGUAAUUUUCAUGUCAUUGAUCUAGCAUUACACGCCAUUGAUGAACCGCACACCGUUCGUGAAAUGAUCGACGAUGUUUUUGACUAUUUUCGAAGAGGUCUAUUCAAACCAUUCGAACCUAUGACUAUUUUUGAGCCGUCUAAAGUAAUUGAUGCAUUUACACAGUGCAGUCUUGGUGUAUCUAUGGGAAAAGUGGUAGUUCGUAUGACGAGUUCUGAACAACCCCUCUCACUCAAAGAAAGUGACAUGAACACGGAGAUCAGUGAAAAUUCAAGUGAAAGUAUAUUAAAUUGUUAA